GAGACAUGACAAUCACUCUCGCCAUCGCCCUGCCCAUCGCCUUUCUACUUCUUGUUGCCAUUUGUCUUCUUGCGUUCGUCUACCAUCGCUAUGGAAUGGUACGCGGUCGGAAAGGACGUGCUAUUACGCCUGAGCCCUUGGUGCAGGAAGGCACUUCAGGAGCAGGACUACAGCGGAGCAGCAGUGUCGGCCACCAGCCUUCAGGUGACAUCAACCCUCCAUUGGUGAACGAGUUCAGCGAUGGGCUAGAGAUGGACUCUAAAUUGAAUAGUGAUGAGGUGGAUCGCCAUGAUGCCGAAGUCAAGGGCCUGCCCUAUCGGCAGACAGUAGAUGAACAUCGAGCAUCCAGUGGUAACCGGGCAAAAGAGUCCGACUUAAAUGAGGUCCCCCAAAAGGAAUUGCGAGUAUAAAGUCUACCAUGGAUCUCUUGACACCUAAUUCUAAACGAUUCUGUAAACCAGACAUGGAGAUCUUGCAAUU